UGCACAAUCGUGUAUUUCGUCUCCUCCUUCGACGUUGUCCCACCAACUUUUGAAAUCGUCAUAGCUGAGUUUGUCGUUGGUUUCAGCCCCCAUUUUUCGAAUGUGCCCGUAAGCUGCUUCUGUUUCUCGGGCAGUAAAAUCCAGUCCCAGAUCAUCGCAGAGAAAUCGAAAUUGUUUGACGUCGAGUCCAUCACCUUCAACGUUCGCAGCUUGAAAUUUUGUUCGAAGUGCUCCCUCAGAAUAGAGGGAUUUACGGAUGGCCUUGAGCUUCUUUGCUGUGUUGUUACCGACAAUAAUGUAAAGGAUUCCAACAGCGCACAUAUAGCCACCUAGAAUGAACCAAGACCGUGUCGACGAGGUGUCAGAUCACUUUUACGGGAGUGUCGAAACAAAUUUUGACUCAUUCGCRUACCGUUCGACCUAUUCAGUUCCGUUAUAUUCGAUUCCACUUCGAUUUGAACUUACCCGCAAUUAAGUUGAAAAGAUCUAUUUGAGUCAAUUGCAAUGUUCCGCAAAGAAAGAAAAGAAAGCCUCUACCCCAAAGAAACUUGAGAAAUAGAGCGUACUUGUUGACAUUUUGAACCAAUCUUCUUGACAAGAACAUGUCUUUGCCCUCCAAAAUGACAACGACCGUCCCAAGCAUGAUUAUAUACACGUCAAUGAUAGCAUCAACCAGUUGAAGACGUACAAUUCUCGAAGUCAACUCGAUCAUGCCAACGACGAUGCAGCCAAUCCCGCCAACAAAUGCUAGAAAACGCAAAGACCGAUCUCCUUCUUGCGCCUGCGCCUUCAGUUCCGCAACCUUUUCCUUUGUAUAACGACCCGCAGCUUCAAAAUUUUCACUGGUGAAAGCUCCUUUUGCAAACUGAGAGAUACCUCCACUCAAAUUGGCAUCAACUUUGCCAUCUAUCUUAUUUUCUGUCAUCAUGGUGUAUUGCUCCCUCGUUCGAUUCGAAACGGAUUAUUUCCACACAAAGGUUAGAAUCUGCGAGAGUCUGAAUCCUUGGUAGCUACUUUCACGACCAUGUGGCGUCAACAGUAGACACUGUUUCAUUCAAACGAUACUACGAUAGAAUGAUUCGGAAAUCAGGUUCUCUGUUCUCCGGAGUACGGGUACCGUACCAAGAAAAAUCUUCGUGUUCCCAGAGUUUACGGAACAUGCGUUUAGCGAUAGGAAAACACGCAUGGCUGAUUUUUCCAGUCGUUGAUUCUGUCCAGUCUGUACGAUAAAAAAUUCAAUCGUGCCAUCAAAAGAUGAUGAUUUUAGAUUUUACUGUCCGCAGUUCGUAGUACCAUACGCAACUACGGGCAGGGGUCAUAAAUUUAGACCCCUGACUACGGGUACGUGCUGUUCUACUUAGCACGGUACGAAGUACGUACGAACCGUAUGGCAUCGUGGCAUCAUACGAACCCAUCAACGAACAAAAAUUUGUUCGAAAAAUAAAAACUUCGUUGAGUUUUGAAAGGAAAGUUGUGUCUGUGUUCCCUCUCUUGACUUUUUGCAAUUUUGCAAUUGUUUGAGAUGAUGAUUGAUUUCAGGAAUCAAAUAAUUCUACCGGUAGAAGUCAACAGGAACGUAUCACAUCAAUAGCAUCAUGAGUUCAUCCUGGCUUCAACUCGCGCAUAAAACUUGCAUCAUAACAGGUGUGUUGCGCUCGACCUUCGGAGGAAGAGAAAAAAGUUCUAGCCUAAACUUUGCGGACACAAAUUUAUAUUUGCGGACACAAAUUUAUAUUUGCGUCAUCUUAUCUUCUUCUUAUACAUGCCUUCGUUUAUUUAUUGCUUCGUCCUUCCUAGGCGCUGGAAGUGGUAUAGGAGAGGCUGGUAAGUGGGUGGCUAGAAAAUGGAGCAGAACUUUUGAAAUUCUCCGUUAUUCUAGAACGACAACAUCUUAAUUCUAUUUCGCAAAUACACAUUCUAUAUAUAUACGGAACACCAUUGAAGUCGCAAAAUCUCUAGUAUCUGUGGGUUGCCGUGUUGUCUUGGCAGAUCAUAAUGAUAACGCGAUUGAACGAGUAGCAAAUGAUUUUAUAACAGAUGAAUCUAAUUUUCAUUUGAUGAAAUGUGAUGUCGCGGACCCAAAACAAGUACGAGAUCUCAUCCACCAAGCCGACAAGUUUGCAAGCUGUUCCAAUUUUUCACAUAGUCAGCAAACCAAUGUCCCUGUGGCUACACUCUUGGUGAACUGUGCCGGAAUAACACGGGAUAAUUGGGUAUCGCAAAUGGAGAUGGACGAGUGGAACGAUGUAUUGGACGUGAAUCUAAAGGGGACUUUUUUAACGUGUAGAGAAUUUCUCAACCAGAGACGAGCCGACCAGUUCUUCCCAAAAGAAUACGAUAGCAACAAAUGCGGUCCUCGUUCUGACGCCUCGAUUGUAAAUAUUGGUUCUGUAGUGAGCGAGUUUGGAAAUUUAGGUCAAGUGAACUACGCAGCAAGCAAAGGGGGUGUAUUGGGAAUGAGUCGAGCUCUGGCAAAGGAGGUUGCGAUUCGAAAUGUUCGUGUGAAUAGCGUCGUUCCUGGUUUCAUAGAAACGCCCAUGGCACAAGCAAUUCCUGCACAUGUCAAAGAUCGCGUUAUGAAUCAAAUCCCUAUGAAGAGAUUUGGAUCAACGUCCGAAGUAGCAAACGUUGUAUCGUUUUUAUUAUCUCCCAGGAGUGGGUAUAUAACUGGCGAAUCGGUAACUGUCAGCGGAAUGAUAUCCCUGUAAUUAUCUUAGUAGACUAGAGAUUCCUUUCUCGAAACAAAAACGACCGCGACCUCAUUUUUCCAUUCCAUUUGUAGCCCUCAAUUUGAUUUUAAAUUUGGGGAGAAGCAGACCUGUCCAUAGACCAAAUCAUCCUACUGUCAAUGUCUCCUUCAAGUCGGUAUAUGACUGACGAAUCGGUGACUGUAAGCGGAAUGAUAUCCCUGCAAACAUCUGAAUUGGAGACUCCUUUGUUUAAACAACGACGACUGUAACAUCAUUUUCUCUCCAUUGCUAUCUACUAAAAGAAAAACCCGCAGUUGAUUUGUCGUAGAGAAGUCAAGCGAAGCUCUAAACAACAAGAUUAUAAUCUUAUUGCUACAUCAUACUCCAAAAUCAGAAGAUAUCGUCUUGUACUUCUUUCGAAGUAUCUCGGCCUUUGGACUAUUGUCAUACCAGUCUAUCAGCCAUUGGGGAGCACUUAACAUUCCAACUUUUCUGAAAUGGUAGUAGACAUGCCCGAAAACGAUUCCGAGAAAAUCUAGUGUUGGAGGCUCUCCCUCGAGCAGAAAUGUCUACAUAACGAGAAAAAAKGAAAGAAUCAGGUUUUGAUGAUUUUACGCAAAAAUUCAAAAAGAAAUCCGAGCUGAUCUUCUUACCUGCGCCAAAAGGAACCACGGUAAGAGUUCUGCUUUGAUGUGUAUGAAUUCGAACACGCCAACGUCAACUCCCUCAAACAUACGACUCCAGAUGUAAACUAAGAAUGUUGACAGAUUGUGCCCCAAAAAUCGAGGGCUCAUUUUCAUGAUAGGAUAUCCAACAAGCAUUGAUGUCAUACCGAAAAGUAUCAUAAUCCAAAAGUCGUAGGGUUUGUUGUGUGCGAGUCGUUCAAGGAAACUCAUGUACUGGUGUACAAAGUGAAUAGUCAUCGGAUAUCCAAUGAGACCAAGGGAACCGAGGUUCAAAAAAGCUGUGAAAGGUCUCCAGAUCUGACCACCCUUGAAAACUUUGUUCCAAUCUAGAGUCAGAAUAGGUGGGAAUUCAUUGUUCGUCAUAACAUAGCCCAAAGCUGUAACAGCGAACGACGAUGUCAAGUACGCCUUCGUUAUGGGGGGAGUCCUGUGGUAUUCUUCAACAAUUUGGUCAAACUUGUUGUCUUCCUUAAAAUCAUCGCUGCUGUGUUCAUCCAAAUCGAAUCCAUCGAAAAGAUCCUCGUCGUCUGAUUCGUCUUCCUCGUCAUACGAAUCUUCUUCUGAAUAUUCUUCCUCGUCAUCAGAAUCAUCCGCUCCUCCUCUGGUAUUCAGAAGAGCUCGUGAAGUACAUGCCCGUAGAAAAGGAGGAUGAAUUAUCUUUCCCAUUGACGAGGAAAGAACCCCAAAAGAGUGCGAUUGUCCGUGAAAAGCCCUCGUAGCGCUCACACUGGAACCGAUGUUAGCAACAUAACAAAGAAACCAUGCCGUAGACAGGCCCACGACUGUUGUAAUUCGCAUCAUCAUCGUAGUGAAUAAUUGCACCUUCAGUUC